CUGCUGCCAGGCGCAGCGCGCAGCUCCUCAGGCCGACCCGCUCUUGCUCUUAUUUAUUGAGCGAACGAACAGCAGGCAGGAUUUCUCAGGCCGCUUGGAACCGGGUUCGCCAUGAAUGGGCCUCUCUUUUUCUGGACAGUCGGACCAGUCACGGACUGUCUGGACACGAGGCGACGGAGUCCAGAGUAUCGCUUUCCACUGCAGUGGGAGCGUUUGCAAAGCGUCAGGGAUGGCUCUGUGGGGAACCUUGAUGACCUGGCCCAGGAGUACUCGCAGUACUACGGCACCUCCCUCAGCGACGUGUGCGAACGGAUGGAGGAGCUACGGAAACGCAAACUAGUGCAAGAGAUGGAGAUGGGAAAGGUUGACUCAGCGGCCGCGUCGCCACACCUCCGCUCUCAGCUCCAGGAAUCUCUUGGACUCAGCAGCGGCACAUCGACUCCGGAGACUGAGAGGAGGUUUCCUGUCCACAAAUCCAGCUCGGACGACGGAUCAGGAGGAAAAUGGGAUGCGAGGAAAAAGAGCAAGUCUUUAUGGCAGAGUUUCCGCAAGUCACAGAAGGGAGUGAUGCGCCAGACUUCAAAAGGUGACGAUGUUGGCUUCGUUGCCAGCGAGAUCACGAUGAGCGAUGAAGAGCGUAUUCAGCUGAUGAUGAUGGUGAAGGAGAAUAUGAUCUCGAUAGAGGAAGCGCUCGCACGGCUGAAGGAGUUCGAGACCCAGAGCAGACAGACGAGCCGAUGCGACACCCCCGAGUCCCUGGACCCCUCGGGGCCCGGUCCAAACGACUCGUUCAGCUGCACCCCUGUUGAGCAGUCUGACCAUGAGGAGGAAUCUCCGACAUUCAAAAGGCUCCACAAACUGGUCAACUCCACUCGGAAAGUGAAGAAGAAGCUGAUCAGAAUAGAUGAGUCCAAAAGGCUCGCAGCGGACGAGAGCCUGAGUGUAGAUGGUCUACCCUGUGGUGAGGGCAGCGUCUCCCAGCAUCCAGGUGUGCAGAGGAAACCCUUGGUUUGUCCCCUGGACUCCUUGGCUUCGGCUCUGCAGAAGCAGCUGGACUCCGACAGCCUGACCACAUCCCCGUCCUCCAGCAGUCUGGACACGUGCAGCAGCCAGAAGGCAGCGCAGGGCUGCGGGAGGAGCAGCGGGAGCCCCACUCACCAGGAGGCCGGUGUGGCGGAGGCCGGCGAGGGCUCCUCCUUCUCGGAAACGGAGGGGUGCGGCGAAGACGAGCCCAAAAUGGCGCGGUCGGUGACCGACGGAGAGCUCCGUCAUCGGGCUCUGGGCUUGCUUAGCCAUCAUGGAAGAGCUUGCAGCUUUGGAGGAUUUGACCUGACAAGUCGCUCCGUUCAAACAGUCACUUCUGACAUCGACAGCACUACAAAAGAUGGAGAGAGUGGCUUGAGAAGCGAAGUCAAGUCUCCCUCGCUGUCACGGAUUUCUCUGGGUAAAAAAGUCAAGUCAGUGAGGGAAACCAUGAGAAAACACAUAUCCAAGAGAUACCAUUGUUCUCUCUCCGAGCAGUCGAGUCCUGACCGAGUAGCCAGCUGCCCUCACUCGCCUCAGACCGACUCCGACUCUUUGGAGAAACCCAAACUGAAGCCAGGAGGCUCCGUGGAAAGCCUGAGGAGCUCCCUCAGCGGCCAGAGCUCCAUGAGCGGCCAGACGGUCGGCACCACCGACUCGUCCAACAGCAACAGAGAAAGUGUGAAGUCGGAGGACGGAGAAGAAGACGAGUUGCCUUACCGUGGACCUUUCUGCGGACGCGCGCUGGUUCACACCGACUUCAUCCCGAGUCCCUACGACACGGACUCCCUCAAACUGAAGUGUGGAGACGUGAUCGACAUCAUCAGUAAGCCCCCGAUGGGCACCUGGAUGGGAAUGCUCAACGGGAAAGUCGGCACCUUCAAGUUCAUCUAUGUGGAUGUUCUGAACGAGGAGGUGAAGCCCAAGAAGACGCGCAGGAGGAGAAAGGCCCGGCACCCCAAACCCACAUCGGUGGAGGAGCUGCUGGAGCGCAUUAAUCUGAAGGAGCAUCUCCCCACCUUCCUUUUUAACGGCUACGAGGAUCUGGACACGUUCCAGCUGCUGGAAGAGGAAGACCUGGACGAGCUGAACAUCACAGACCCCCAGCACAGAGCGGUGCUGCUCACCGCCGUGGAGCUGCUGCAGGAGUACGAAGGAAGCAGCGACCCCGAGCGAAGCGCCCAGUCCGGACCGUCCCAGGAGAAGCUGCUCCUGGACCGGCGCGGCGCCCUGGGCGACUCGCCGCGGGACUCGGGCUGCUACGAGAGCAACGAGAACCUGGAGAACGGACGGCUCAGAAAAUCCGCUGCAUCCAUCAACAAGUCUCCGUCUGGAUUUGAGACCGGUCACAUCCCGCCCCCCGAUUCCAUCCUAAUCUCCCCUUCCCUGUCUCCUCUCCAAACCAAAGCUCCGCUGCCCUCCGUUCCACCGUCUAUCAGACUCCAGAAGAACCGCUUCGGCCUCCUGAACUCUAGAAGUCACAGCUGCACAGAGCUUAGAAGAAACCCGGCAGCCGUUCAGAUAUGGCGCUGCGCCUCCCUAAAAGCUCUCCAGAAAGAUCAAGAGAGGAAACCCCCCAACCCUAAAGACUGGGAUCUGCCUGCCGCAAAGCCAGCCCGGCCCCCACAGCGCGCCAUAGACCCUCUGCCUGCGUGCAGAGCGUCUAACACGGACAAACGUCAUGCGUUGGCCCCUAAACAGAAAGAAAAAACAGGGAGCAGCAUUCGGUUUCACCAAGCUCCAGAGAAGUUAAGUCGGCCAGAUUCAUUCAGAGACUUCUUCCCGACAGAAACCACCUGCAGGUGCGAACGCACCGAUCAGGUCUCUGCAAGUCGCUCCGUUUCUGCCACUUCGGAAGCUCGACGGCUGAAAAUGAAAAGAAAUGCAAAGGUUUCUACGCAUUCAGUAAAUUAGGAGCAAAAAUGAUUCCAGUUCCAAAACGUUUACCUAAAACUGGAACCAAUUUGUGCUGAUUUGAGAUUUCACAUGUGCAAUAAGGAAACUUUCUUUCUUUUUUAUUUUUUGGCUUUGCUGCAGCUGCUUCUGGAUGUGGCUUUUCUUUGAUUGUUUGGAAAAAUGGAAUCCGUUCCGAGUCCAGCUGCAGCUCAGCAGCAUUUCAUCUGAGCAAAACCUUCAACAUCGCCGAGGUUCAUAAGCUUCAAACUUUAGGGAAUGCUUGUUACAUUCAUGUAAAUAUAUCUUCCCAGAUAAGAUGAAUGAAUGUUUACAGUGCAACCUUUUGGAUGAAUGUUUUAUAGGAAUUUAGUGAUUCUUACAGAUUCCAGACGUCAUCCGCAGCAUCAAAUGACUCAUUUCCUGUCUGUUCCCCACAAUUAGUGUUUUAUUGUAAGUAGCAUGUAGCUUACCUGUUCAUUAAUUUAAUUAAUAAAGUUUGCUUUGUUAAAUAUGUUCUAUGUAAAAGUACAA